GUCCCCGGAUCCUCCAAGAAGCUACACGAGGACAGUGAAUAUGCACUUUAUACUGUAACAUUAUUCCAUCAGGAUGCUGACAAUUUUAGAACUAAGGCACACGAAAGAGGUUUUCAAAUUCGUGACUAUGAAUUUAAUCCAGAAACGCAAGAAAGUCGGAAGCAGGAGACAGAAAAACUAAUGCGAGACCAGGACACACAGAGAAGCUCUCUUUUGCAGUGGUGCUAUGCCAGUUAUGGGGAGGUGGGCAGGGAUGGGUUACCAGAAUUUCGAGCCAGAUUAACAUUCCUAGAGGCUAGAGAAGGUUUUUAG